AUGUUUAUAUUGAUAAAGGGGCAGUAUGUGUUUGAGAAGAGAGUAUUUACUAGCAAAGCUGUUGAAGUAGUUACUUUCCUGGAGAUAGUAAAUAGUAUCCUAUUAUGCAGUCUGAAACUGGACAUUGAUGAAAGUGAGCAGAAGCUGCUUGUGGCACAAGAUGCACAAACAUCAAGCCAGAUGAAGAACGAGGAGCUGCAGGCUAACUUGAAAGAACUUGAGAGUCUGAGAGUGGAGGAGAAGCAAGAGGUGCAGGAACUGAACAGACAGGCUUCUACAGAUGAUGACAUUGCUGAAGCCAGGCAAGCUGUGGCUGGUAUUGAUCAACUACAGUUAGACAUCACUGACAUGGAUGUCAUAGAGUUACUUGACUCCCAUGGCAAAGAACUGACCAGUGAAGACCUUAAUGGAAAUGGAGCAGUUGAAGACUUGAAGGCUCAUGUCUACAGACUGCAAGAUUCCAAGGAGCAACAUCAGAGGGAAUUGUUGGAGGUGCAGAACCAGGCCCGCCGCCUGAAGGAAUCGUGCGACCUUUUGGAGAAAGACUUGACCCAUACCCAGCAAGCACUGCAGAAUGAAAGGGAAGAAAAUGGGACAUUACGACAAACGAAGAAGGAACUGCUGGCUACUGUUAAACAGCUGGAGCAUGAGAUACAAAGUCUGAAACUGGACAUUGAUGAAAGGGAAAAGAAGCUGCUUGUGGCACAAGAUGCACAGACAUUCAGCCAGAUGAAGAACGAGGAACUGCAGGCUAUUUUGAAAGAACUUGAGAGUCAGCGAGUGGACGAAAAGCAAGAAGUGCAGGAACUGAACAGACAGGUAAUGAUACUGAAAGGUGACAUUUCUGAGAAGACCAGUGAACUUCUGACACUGCAGAGAAUGGCAGACCAUCAAGGAUGGGAGCAUGAGCAAGAAACAUUAAAACUGCAGAGGAAAAUUGCAGAUAUUGAGGCACAGCGAGAUCACGUUCAGAAGGAAGUUGAAGAGUUGAAGGCUGAGGUCUCUCGACUACAAGAUGUCAAGGAACAGCUGAAGGAAUCAUGUGACCUAUUGGAGAAGAACCUGACCCAUUCCCAGAAAGCACUGCAAAAUGAAAGUGAGAAAAAUUGGACGUUACAACAGACAAAGAUGGAACUGCUGGAUACUGUUAAACACCUAGAGCAUGAGAUACUGAGUCUGAAACUGGACAUUGAAGAAGGGAAACAGAAGCUGCAUGUUGCACAAGAGGCACAGACAUCAAGCCAGAUGAAGAAUGAGGAGCUGCAGGCUGCCUUGAAAGAACUUGAGAGUCAGCGAGUCAAGGACAAGCAAGAGUUGCAGGAACUGAACAGACAGGUAUGA